AUGUAUCUAAAGGAUGGUCUUUGGCUACCGAAUGAUUUUAUGGUUGAUCCCAUACCAUUAGCUUUAACAUUUGCUCAAGAAAUUCUUACAGAACAACAACAUUGCAUACUAAGUAAUACUAUUAAACGAUGCCCUAUUCUAGCUGAAAGUGAAUGUGAAAGAUUUAUUACUGGCGCUGAUAGUUUCACACCAGAUAGUCGAUUAAUAAUGAAUGAAUCAGUUGAAAUUGAUAAUUAUUUCGUUGCAUCUGGUUCUAAUGGACAUAGUAUAGCACUUGCUGGUGGUGUUGGAAAAUAUAUAGCUGAAUUAAUACAUAAUGGAAAUACAAAUUUAAGUACAUGGUCUGUUGAUAUACGACGUUUUAUGCGUUUACAUACAAAUGAACGAUUUCUUCAAGAUCGUUUACGAGAAAUACCAGGAAAACAAUAUUCAUUGAAGUAUCCAGCUUAUGGCGAAGUACUUGGUUACGAACGUCCAAUAUUUUUUAAGACAGAUGAAGCAGGAAAAAGCACAUUUGGUAAAGCACGAUGGUUUAAUACAGUUAAAAAAGAAUAUAAUGCAUGUCGAAAAAGUAUAGCUGUUAUUGAUAUGACAUCAUUUACAAUAUAUAAAUUAGAAUCAGCAAAUCAAAGCGUUGUGGAUUUUCUUCAAAUGUUUUAUGCAAAUAAUAUUGAUAAGCCAAUUGGUACUGUUGUUCAUACAGGAAUUUUUCUUUUGGCUAGUCCAACUUCGCAAUCAACUCGCAAUAUGAAAUGGCUUAAAACACAUGUACCAGAAGAUACUUCUAUUUUUCUAUCGGAUGUAACCUCACUUUAUACAGCAUUGGAUGUAAUUGGACCGAAAGCCAAAUAUUUACUAUCUCAAUUAAGUGAUGAACAUUUUAAUGAUUUUACAAGAUUGAAUUGA